ACAAGACUGGUUCACCAGCGGGUUCAGAGACUUGACAGGGCGACUUCUGUGGGAGUCUGAUGGUACCGAGAUCCGCACCGACUACUUCCCGAAUCCGUCUGAUCGUAACAAGACAGUCCAGGAUCCACUCACCAAAAUUGAGUACAACCAGAUAGUGUACAGAUUCCACAAAGGUUCUCAAAAUGAAUAUAUGUGGGCUUGGAGCAGGCUAAUGAAGACAGGUCCAUUCAUUUGCGAGAUAAGCCAGCUGGAUGCCUGGAAACUGCACCAACAAAAACGAGAUUUCUCCUACGGAACUAGUAUCACAGACCCCAACCUGCUGCAGAUAGGACCCAACAUUACGUACCAGAGCCCCGACACGAUCUUCUUUGAGACCAGUGGACGUAUGACCACGGUGGUGCUGGAGUGCCAGGCUACUGGCUACCCUUCGCCCAGCUAUCGCUGUGAUUUUCCAUUACUGUAUCGGUACAGAAAACAGAUUGAGUGGGUCACUUCUGAUCUUGGGUCACAGUACACUGUCACCAACGGGAGGUUGACUAUCACAAAUCCUGACCCUAACAAGGAUGCCAGUUUGUACACGUGUGAAGCCAGCAACCAACUAGGCACAGUCCUCUCAAACCCUAUAGAAGUGCUGCACGGAUAUAUCGACCAGUUUUCGAACGUGCCGCCCAGUCCAAUCACGGCAACUAUGUACAUGGGUAAAGAGAUUGUGUGCCAGCCACCCAAUCAUAAUACCGAUCUCUCCUACAAGUGGUUCAAGAACACCGUGUUUAACUUCAUCCGCCCAGAACUGAACGCCCAGUACUUCCUGUCCAGAAACGGGAGGUUGUAUAUCUCGGAGGUACAGGCGGCAGACCACGAUUUGUAUUUCUGUGCCAUCUUCAUGGCUCCAAAGAGUGGCCAGGUGCUAGCUAACACGCAACCUCCUUCACGGAACUCUUUGGGAAUUCAGCUGAAUAUCAUAGGAGAAAAUGCAAACACCUACGGACCGGACAUCCAGGACAAGUUUCCACAGUACUUUCCCUCAGUGCCAAUGGUUGGCGACAAGGUAGAGGUGGAAUGUUUGGCUUACGGAAGACUCCCCUUGUACUACUCCUGGAAGCGAAACGAUGGACCAAUGCAUCCAGACGCCACUUUUUCAGAUCACAACCGCGUGUUGACCAUCCCCAAGGCCAGACUGGAAGACACAGGAUCGUACACUUGUGUGGUCAGCGGUGACCGGAACACGGCAAACAGAACCGUGUUUAUCAGCCUGUUGGCCCCGCCGAGCUUCCCUUUCCCACUACAGAACCAGCAUGUGGAUGCAGACAGCAAGUUGACCUGGAUCUGUAACGCUAUUGGAGUUCCCAGGCCCACCUAUACCUGGUAUAAAAACGGGGUCGCUCUCUUCUCCAAUGCGGCAGAUGGUUUAUGGAUCAACAGAAACAUUCUGACUAUCGACAAAGUGAACGCAGCAAAACAUAACGGAAUGUACCAGUGCGAAGCCACCAAUGUCUACGCCUCGUCUAGAUCCAGUGCUCAGCUCCGAGCUCUUGCUUUCGCUCCAACAUUUAAGAACAGUCCGGUUGCCUCUUCCAAGCAAGGAGCCGAGGGUGGCAACAUCACAAUAUCCUGCAAGCCUGAAGCGGCGCCUCGUCCCGCCAUCAAAUGGGUCAAGAAUGGGAAGGAGCUGGGCAAUGUCCAGCCUAACGGAGACCUGGUGCUGUCUCUCUUGACCAAGGGUGAUGCCGGGAAGUACACCUGUGUGGCGGAGAAUGUUUAUGGUCAGGCCAACUCUAGUUGUGUGUUAAUUGUGCAAGGAGGGGUAACAUUUGCAGAGAUCCCAUCCCACCAGGAAGUAGAGCAGAACCACACAGCAAGUUUGAACUGCAAGGCGUCCUACGACAAAAGUAAAACCGACGUCACCUACAGUUGGAUGUUUAACUCUCACAUGAUCGACUUCACCGGUGCCGUCAGUAAUGACGCUAUACAUUACUCAAUGAGCCAGGACUCCGGCUUGUUGUAUAUCAUCAGUGCACAGUUUCGUAACGAGGGAGAAUAUACUUGUGUCGUUUCCACGGUAACCGGAUCUAUCAGCCAGAAGGCUAUGAUCAAAGUCAAAGGUCCGCCAGGAGAACCCGGAGGUGUUCAUGCGCGUGUGAACCCUAGUUCAGAUAUUCCCUUUGGUAAAGUUCAAAUCUGGUGGAAGGAAGGGGAAAACCACUACUAUCCAGUUCAUAAAUACGCCAUAGAGUUCCAGACACACUAUGAUGACGAACACGGGUACAAGUGGAAUUUGCUGACAGCAGACAUCCCCGUAGAGAGCCUCUACAACGACGAUUAUAAAGAAUGGUUAAUUUAUGAGGUCAAGGAAGGUCUGUCUCCUGGCACAGAGUACCGCUUUAGGGUCAAGGCCGGCAAUAACCAGAUCGGCUACGGACCACCAAGCGAAAUACCUUCAAUUUGGUACAAAACGAUAUCUGCUCCACCAAUCUACUCACCGGACAAUUUACGAGGCGGCGGGGGCAGCGUGGGAGAGCUGCACAUUGUGUGGGAUCCUUUACCGAGGACUUUGUGGGGCGGCACCAGCAUGCAGUACUGGCUGCACUACAGGCAGAAGAAUGAGAGGAACCCAGAUGGAAAAUGGCAGUCGGUACCCAACCUAACAUCAACUGUAUAUAACGCGAUAGUUGGUCCAGAUCUAUACUACACGCCCUACGAGGUCAAAGUUCAAGCCGAGAACGAGUUAGGAAAGGGACCAAACUCCUCAAUCGCAGUUGUUUACUCUGCUGAAGACAUGCCGUCAAAUGUGGCCCCAAAAUUCAUACAAGCCAACGCUGUCAACGGAACGGCAGGCAUCGUUGAAUGGGAACCCAUACCCAACACACGGGAGGAUGCCAAAGGGACCGUCUUUGCCUAUCAGGUGAACUAUUGGCUGGAAGGUGACACACGAUGUCUGGGGAAACAUGAAGACACGGCGCGCUUCAUCCGUUUCUAUGGCGACGUGGGCAGUGGUCUGAUUGUGGGAAUGGAAUAUGCCUUGGACUACUGUCUCAACUUGCAGUUCCUCAACCACGCGGGAAUGGGACCAAAGACAGACAACUAUUACAUUGGCAUGAAUUUUGCGCCUCCCAGCAGGUACCCAGAAUAUGUGACAGUUAUGUCCCAUGGAAAUGACAGUGUCAGGCUUCUCUGGAGAGGAGUGUCCACAAUCUGGGGGGAGGAGCCUGUCAUUGGAUAUAAG